CUUGGUCAGACACGUGUAAUGUUUAUGUCUGGCUGAUUGACCCAUUCCGUAGUCAUUAGUGAACGCUCUAUUUUGUUUGGUGCGACACAAGUCAACAAGCAAAAGUGCUCAAAUUGAUGGCCAAAACAUGUUCAACUGUAUGCCGCCAGAAGCCUAGUGUCGGCAAACCUCCACCGGAAGCAGCUGUUCCAGUACCAACUCAACACGUUCCGAUGCCAGCUGGGUCGCCGGAUUGACCACAACAACUCCACAACCACCAUGUCCAGCAAACCUCCCAACAUUCUCGUCUACUCCGAGGUGGAGCCCGUACGCCUCGAACUGAUAGCAACUCUUCAGCGCUCUCUGGAACCGGAUCGCUACACGGUGUACCCGUUGAGUGCGGAGCAGGUCCGCGGUCGAGCCUGGCCCGAUAGUACGGCGGCGCUGAUUGUCCACGGCAGGUUGGAGACGUCGCUGGCGGAGGUGUUUGCGGAUUACUUUUUGAACGGGGGCAAGUUGCUGGGCGUUUGUUCGGAUGUUGUGGGGAUGUUUGAUUGUGGUGAGGUUGGGGGCGUAACACGGGUCACGAAGCAUUUAAGAGAUCUGAGGGGUGAGGAUCAUGAAGUUCAGGUUGAGGUGAUUGCUCGUGAAGACACGAGUCGGACUGUGAGUAUAAUUGCGGUAGAUGAACUGAAGACCUGCGGAAGAGCGAUCUCAACACAGAUCGAGUUUGUCCCAUUCGAAGACAACAAGCAGAACCUGGAGAUCCUUAAGCACGUCUUAUGUACGGAACUUGGAAUAAACUUCAGGACAUCACACAAUGAAGAAGCUCUCUGCUAUCAAAGUGCCUUCCUAAUUGGUUCAAAAGAGGUUAAUCGUAAAUUCCUAAGUGGACUCAGCAUUCCCAACAAGCUCAAAGUCAGCGAUCUCUCUUUGCAUUUCUGCUCCAAGUCCGACCUCAUCCCAGCAGCGUCCGAAUCUCAACUUCCAGUCCUCACAGACCAACCCCCGGAAGACUUCUCCACCCAACUUUUCCACGAUUACCUCAAAACCACCAAAAUCGGCCGUCUAACCCUGUACCUCCCCCUCGUCACCAGCUCCAUGAUCAUCGUAUCGAACGCGACCCUGCCGCACGGCUUCGUCGCGAUCCCACGCCGUCAAACGCGCGGAACCGGCCGAAACCGCAACCAGUGGCUCAGCCCGGACGGUUGUGCCAUGUUCUCCCUCCAACUGCACGUCCCGCUGGACAGUUCCCUUGGUCAACGACUUCCAAUGGUUCAGCACCUGAUCGCACUGGGCAUCGUGCUGGGGAUUCGGAACCAACCCGGGUACGGCGAGCUGGACGUGCGGCUCAAGUGGCCUAACGAUGUGUACGCCAACGGGAGGAGCAAGCUGGGCGGGAUCAUCGUCAACUCGCAGUUGGAGGGAACGCGGGCCGUCGUGAACGUUGGUUGCGGGGUAAAUUUGAGUAACUCGACGCCGACGACUUGCGUGAACGAUGUGAUUGAGGAGUUUAAUCGGGAGAGAGGGGAGCGAUUGGAAGCGUUGGGGUACGAGCAGCUGUUGGCGCAGAUAUUCAACGAGAUUGAGCGGAUAUUUGAAGAGGUUCAGCGGGGGAAGGUUGAGGUGCUGUACGAUUUGUACAGGAGGUAUUGGUUGCACGAAGGACAGAGUGUAACGAUUCGGGAUAGAGAUGGGCUGGACGUUACCGGAACGGUUGCCGGUAUCGACGAGUACGGAUAUUUGCUGGUGAAGGUGGAUGGAGCUGGGGAGCCGAUUUGUGUCCAUCCGGACGGGAAUAGUUUCGACAUGAUGAAGGGAUUGAUCAUUCCAAAGUACUGCUAGGUUAAGUGUUGACUAUUUUUAUGAUGUUUUGUUUGACAUUUUCUAAUAAAGACAUAUAUUUCA